AAAGCGACGACAACCUCGUCACCACGAAGUACUCCCUACCAAGAAACUAGUCGCGCACACAAAAGAUUCCUUCUUCAUUACUUAUUGCCGGUCAAUAUGGUCAAGGAAACUAAACUUUACGAAGCACUAGGUAUAUCGGAAUCAGCGACGCAAGACGAGAUCAAGAAAGCAUAUCGGAAAGCGGCGCUGAAGUGGCAUCCCGACAAGAACAAGGACAACCCGCAAGCCUCGGAGAAGUUUAAAGAAUGCUCACAGGCUUACGAGAUCCUUUCCGACCCCGAGAAGCGUAAGACCUACGAUCAAUAUGGCCUAGAGUUCCUACUACGCGGCGGCGUACCACAAGAGGAUGCCGGCGGCCCUGGAGGCAAUCCAUUUGCAGGCGCAGGAGGCCCCGGAGGAUUCCCUUUCACAUCAUCUGGUGGCAUGCCUGGCGGCACACGAACAUUCCAUUUCUCAACAGGCGGCGGCGGCGGAAACGGCUUCAACUUCUCAAAUGCCGACGACAUCUUUGGCGAAUUCAUGCGCAAUAGCGCCGGCGGCGGUGGCGGCGGUGAUGAUUUCGAUUUUGGCGGCUUUGGCAUGGGCGGGAUGCCUGGCGGAAUGGGCGGAAUGCCUGGUAUGGGUGGUAUGGGCGGAGGUGCCGGUGGAAAAGGCGGUAGAUUCCGAGGCGGCCGACGAGCACCAGAGCCUGAAGUCACAGUCGUUGAGAAACCACUGGCAGUCAGCUUGGAAGAGCUUUACAACGGUACCACUAAGAAGCUCAAGAUCAAGCGCAAGACAUACGACCAAAGCACAGGCAAGCAGAGCACUCAAGAUCGGAUCCUCGAAGUACCGAUCAAGAAGGGUUUGAAGCCGGGAAGCAAGAUCAAGUUCUCAGAUGUUGGCGACCAAGUCGAGGGUGGAACACAGGACUUGCAUUUCAUUGUUUCCGAGAAACCCCACGCAAUGUUUACACGCGAAGGCGAUGAUAUCAAGCAUAUCAUUGAACUCGACCUCAAAGAAGCUCUCACGGGCUGGCGCCGGACUGUACAAACCAUCGACGGUAAACAACUCAGCGUCGGCAGUGGCGGUCCCACCGGCCCCAACUGGACAGAAAGAUACCCCAACUUGGGUAUGCCCAAAUCCAAGAAGCCAGCAGAGCGCGGAGACUUCAUUGUUGGUGUCAAGAUCAAGUUCCCUACGAGUUUGACAAGUGCACAGAAGGAGAAAUUGAAGGAAAUUCUAUAGGACAGCCGGAAUGUCGGCAUUCUGAUUCUCGUACAUCUUUUUCCUUUUCUUAAUUUUGCUUGGGAUUAUACAGCUCAAACUGAGCAAGGGGCGCUGUGUGGAGUUUUCAUACCUUUUUUACGUCCUGGAGGAAAGCGCCCAGAGAAAAUGCAUACUGGUGCAGAAAUGGGAGGAUAAAUUACGAAGUCACGCGUCUAUGAUAGACGAAUAUAUGAAUUGCAUUCUGAUAUGCACCUUUUCUUCUGGUUGAGUCUCUGAAUAGUCAAUGUUAGGAUGUGC